AAAGAGACGGACCUAACUGUAACGCCGUUAACUUCCUUUUUUUUACCAAACGACAAGACAAGGUUGGCAAAAUAACAACCAGCCAAUCAGACACAGAGUGGGCAGAAACGAUCAAUCGAGAAUAUUGAGGAUCCUCAAGCCUUCAUAUACUUACAAUGAGUCUUCCUCAUUUCAAACAGAACAAACCCAGUUGAAUUUUCCCAGAAAGUUUUCUCCUUUUUUUCUUGAAUUAAGCUUAACAGUGAGAAAAGAUGGAGAAAGCCACUGAAAGGCAGAAGAUUCUGAUUCGUCAUCUCAAUCCACUUUCUUCUUCUCCUUCUCUUCCUAGCAUUAAUGAUAAUAAACCUACUCUUCUCUCCGCUGUGAACUGUGCUGCUGAGCUUUCCCCAAUGGCUGCCUUCGGAGACGACGUUGUGAUCGUUGCGGCGUAUCGCACUGCCAUCUGCAAAGCUAAACGUGGAGGGUUCAAAGAUACUCUCCCAGAUGAUCUUCUUGCUUCUGUUCUCAAGGCUGUGGUGGAAAGGACGUCUUUGGAUCCAAGUGAAGUUGGGGAUAUUGUUGUUGGUACCGUUAUAGCUCCUGGCUCUCAGAGAGCCAUGGAGUGUAGAGUAGCUGCUUACUUUGCUGGCUUUCCUGACUCUGUGCCAAUCAGAACUGUCAACAGACAAUGCUCAUCAGGACUACAAGCUGUUGCUGAUGUUGCUGCUUCCAUCAGAGCUGGAUAUUACGACAUUGGUAUUGGUGCUGGAGUUGAGUCCAUGUCGAUUGAUCACACUGCUGGAGGUGGCUUUCACACAACAAACCCGAGGGCACAAGAGUUUCGUGGAGCUCGUGACUGCUUGCUUCCGAUGGGCAUAACUUCUGAAAACGUAGCAGAAAGAUACUGUGUCACAAGAGAAGAUCAAGACAUGGCUGCGGUGGAGUCUCACAAGCGUGCAGCAGCUGCAAACGCGUCUGGUAAACUAAAGGAUGAGAUAGUUCCUGUUGCGACUAAGAUUGUUGACCCUGAUACAAAAGCAGAGAAGCCAAUUGUUGUUUCUGUUGAUGAUGGUGUACGUCCAAACUCAAACAUGGCUGAUCUUGCAAAGCUGAAGACAGUCUUUAAACCUAAUGGUUCAACCACAGCAGGCAAUGCUAGUCAGAUUAGUGAUGGUGCUGGAGCUGUACUGCUGAUGAAGAGGAGCUUGGCGAUGAAGAAGGGACUUCCCAUUCUUGGAAUAUUCAGGAGCUUUGCUGUUACUGGUGUGGAUCCAGCUGUAAUGGGUAUCGGUCCAGCUUACGCCAUUCCCGCUGCAGCCAACCUUGCAGGACUCAAAGUUAGCGAUAUCGAUCUAUUUGAGAUCAAUGAGGCAUUUGCAUCUCAGUAUGUGUACUGUUGCAAGAAGCUAGAGCUGGAUGUGGAAAAGGUCAAUGUUAAUGGAGGGGCCAUUGCUAUUGGCCAUCCUCUUGGUGCUACAGGAGCUCGAUGUGUUGCGACAUUGUUGCAUGAGAUGAAACGGAGAGGGAAAGACUGCCGCUUUGGAGUUAUUUCAAUGUGCAUAGGCACUGGUAUGGGAGCCGCAGCUGUGUUUGAGAGAGGAGACUCUGUUGAUGACUUGUCCAAUGCGCGUGUGGAGACUAAUGGGAGCGGUCACUAGAACAAGGUUGAAUAAGGACAAGCAAUGAAAGCACUAAGUCAAAUAAAAAAGUGUGAAGCUUAAACAGCUCUUUCACAUUGUUGAACAAUGAACAAUUUGUCAUUCUGAGUUUAAAAUGUAUCAACUAGUAACUUGUGAGUGAACAAAGAGUCAAAUCUAAAAAGCAAAGUUACAUCUUUCA